AAACCUUUAUACAAAGUUAAAGUGAAGGAAAACGCAUCAACUGGAACCAAAAUAAUGCCGGUUUCUGCCAGUGAUUUAGAUGAGGGCAUCAAUAGUGAAAUACAGUAUUCAUUUCAUGGACAUACCGAUGAAAUGAACUUGUUUAUCAUAAAUUCUAACUCGGGAGAAAUUGUUGUUCAAGGUCAAAUUGAUUACGAGGAACACCCUGCAAUUGAACUGCGCGUUCAGGCGAGAGAUAAAGGCGUUCCUCCUAAAAGUACACACUGUAAAGUUUUAAUAGAAGUUGUGGAUGAAAAUGACAACGCGCCAGAAAUAGUUAUGACUCCUCUGUUGGAAAUUGUGAAAGAAGAUACAAAACCGGGAACUGCAGUUGCUUUAGUCACAGUGUCUGAUAAAGAUGGAGGUAAAAAUGGCAUUGUACACUGUGCACUGAAAGGUUUGUUUCCUUUCAAACUGGAGACGUCAUAUAACAAUCAUUAUUCUCUAGUGGUAGAUGGACCUCUGGACAGAGAGAGUGUUUCUCUGUAUAACAUCACAAUUACAGCUGCAGAUGAAGGAACUCCGCCUCUUUCCAGCAGCACUCUUAUAACUGUACAUAUCUCUGAUGUUAAUGACAAUGCUCCACAUUUCCCAGCUCCCGUUAUUAACGCUUUUCUUCGUGAGAAUGGUCAAGCUGGAGGUCUGGUGACAAGAGUGUCAGCUGAUGAUUCAGACACUGGUGAGAACGCAGCACUUUCAUAUUCACUGUUAGACAGUUCCAGCUCCAGUGUUCCUAUAACAACACUGAUCAAUAUAAACUCUUUAAGUGGCGAAAUAUUCAGUUUGCAAUCAUUUAAUCACGAAGAAAUGAAAAGAUUUCAAUUUCAGGUUAUGGCAACAGACUCCGGUGUUCCUCCUCUGAGAAGUAAUGCGACUGUAAAUGUGUUUAUUCUGGAUGAGAAUGACAACAGUCCAGUUAUUUUACCGUCUUAUUCUGAACCUGGAUCAUUUAAUAGUGAGAACAUUCCCUACUCUGCUGAAGCGGGAUACUUUGUAGCCAAGAUCAGAGCUGUUGAUGCUGACUCUGGAUAUAACGCACUUCUGUCUUAUCAUCUAACUGAACCCAAAGGAACUAAUCUCUUCCGCAUUGGAAGCAGCACUGGAGAAAUAAGGACUAAGAGACGAAUGAGUGACAAUGACUUAAAAACUCACCCUCUUCUCAUCACAGUGUCUGAUAAUGGAGAGCCAUCACUCUCAGCGACUAUGUCCAUGGAUGUUGUGGUUGUUGAGAGUCUGGAUGACAUAAAGACAUCAUUCAGAGAAGUUCCUGUUAAAGAGGAGAGUUUUUCAGAUCUGAAUCUGUAUCUGCUCAUCGCUAUUGUCUCAGUAUCAGUCAUCUUUUUACUGAGUCUUGUGGGUUUGAUAGCAGCCAAAUGCUACAGGACAGACGGCAGUUUCAGCAGGUACAGCGCUCCAGUGAUCAGCACACAUCCAGACGGAAGCUGGUCCUUUUCUAAAUCCACACAACAGUACGACGUGUGUUUCAGUUCAGACACAAUAAAGAGUGAUGUAGUCGUGUUUCCUUCGACCUUUCCACUGCCAGAUGCAGAACUAAUCAGCAUUAAUGAAGGAGACACUUUUAAUAGGACUCAAUCACUUCCAAGCACUACCAAGUUCCAGUGGAUGGUCAGAUUGUCUACACCGUGUCAGAGGAAGUAAAUAUCGGAACUGUCGUCGGAAAUGUGGUGAAGGACAUGAAUUUCAACGUCCAGGAUUUGGAAUCACGGGCAUUUCAGCUUGUA